AGGUAGUAAGGCAAUGUUGCUUCCGGUUUUAACAGACGUAGCACUCUUAAAGCAAAAAUUAAAAAAAACAUAAAAAACCACGUGGGAUCCGCAUGUCAGUGAAGCUUUAGACGGUUGACUUAAGUGAACGAGCUCCUGCUCGCGCAUCGGCCUGGCGCGCCUCUCCUGCUCUGUUGGACCGCCGCGCCCAGAGCGCUCGACCAGUCGGCGGGCGAUGGUCGCCGAGGUGGGCGAGGAGGCGGGCACCGCGGCGGAAUCGCAUCGGGAGCGGAACGCCAUCGCCAGCCGCAUCCGCCGCGCCGACGCCACCGCAGCGCGUCGCCCCUACAUCAAGUGCAACAACUGCGGUGAUGUCCGCAUCGUCAAGUGUGACCGCGCCCUCUCGACGACUGGCUCCGCGACGACUUCCCCAACCACCAACUCUGCAAGGUGCUUGGCCCCGAUCGAUCGAGCUCUUUUUCUCGCCGCUCCUCUACGUCUAGGUGCUCAACGUCGCCUGAGGCGGCCACCCGGGGCGCGUCCUACCGAGCACACCGCUGCACGAGUGGUUCUCGCGGAGUCGCUCGACGGCGAGGAUAACCAGCUGAUGGUGAACAGCUACCACUGCACCACCAGGGAGGGCGUGCAGGCGGCGGCUGGCGGAGCGGUUCGUGCCGAUGGCGUUCGAUCUGCGCUCCGGAUGCGAUUCUGCCGCCGCGGCGCCGGCCUCCCGCCACCUCCGCGCCCAUCGCCGCGGCGGUCGAGCGGCUGCUGCCGUAGUCCUCAGCGGUGCGCUAGGCCGAUGCGUGGCCAGGAGUGAGUUCGUUGAAGCCAACCGGCUAAAGCUCCACUGGCAUGUGGGUUCUAUGUAGUUUUAAUUUUUUUUAAUUUUUGUUUUUAGUGCCACAUCAGUUAAAACCAGGAGCUUAACCACUUAACCACUCGGAUGCUAUACUAAGAUGAAAUAAUUGGCCUCACUCUCCUUUUUUUUUUUACUAUGGUUUAGCUAAAGGGCCAUGCAUUGCAAUGGAUACUAUAAGAGAUAAAAGAAAGUAAAAUUACAAGUUUAUAGUAUUGGUAUAUUUUUAGAGGGGUUGUAUAGGUAGUUAAUUAGUCAUAUAAUGUCAUAUCCAAAAUAAAAUUAUUCACGUGUGAGAAUUUUAUGCUGUUA